GAGACCCUCGUCCGGUCACUCUUUGGGCAUCAGGCUCUUACCUUCUUUCAUCUGAAACCCCCAAGGUACUCUCCUUUUAUAUCGAAAAAAGCGACAGAGGGCGGAUAUUCUUUUCGACACGACCUUCCUUAUAAGACUCACGCUGGUCGGCUGAUUGCUCUGUGACAGAAGUAGUAUUGCAUUAUACGCCCCCACGUCUGAAGUGAUCAACUUGAAAUACAAUCGUGUGCCGCCUAUUUCCUCACUCUCUUACUCCAGCAUAAUCCCCACGUAUUAUAUCUCCGACACAUUUUUAUCUUUCACUCAAGAGAAUAUGACGGUCACGCAGAAGCGAAAUGCCCGAUUUCGGGCUCGCAGAAGACCCAAGGGCGCCAGAAAAGCUCUGAUGAGGUCUUUGGAUGCGCCUAGGUCGCCUCGAUCGAUCCUUGAUCAGGCGCGCAGAAGCAGUCUAUUGAAAAGACGGGACCAGGGCGACGUAGUUGAUGUUCCCAGGACCAAAGCCGCACGCGCCCCCCCGGCAAAGAGGUUUCGCAAGUUGAAUCUCCUUCCGUUGUCGACGGAGCAUCUUGAAAAGAACUGCUUCGAACGGGAGGUAUUACCUGAAGAUUAUGUGUUUGUCCCCAAGGGAGAUGUUUAUGUCACUCGCAAUUGUCGAAGUAGAACCAAGGAGUCUGGUCGUCUAGUCUACGUGGUUUAUGACAAAAACGGCAAGAGAUCUCUUGGCCUUCGUGUGCCUAAGGAUAUUCACGCAGCCGUCCAUGAAUCCGCCGCCGAAUCUGCCGAAUCGCGCGCUAAGGCCGUCAAACUCCGCGAUGAAAAGGACUUUGCGCGAGCACGCCAGCUCCUGGCCACCCGUUUCCCAUUGAUGCCCGCAGAAUCUCUACAGACUAUCCUACACCAUGCCUUUUUGAAGGGAACCGGCCGUGUGGGACGAUCCUCCACCUUAUCGGACGAACGAAAAGCCGAUUUGGCUGUCGAGGCACAUAUUCGACACACCAAAACCGAGUAUGAAGCCCUUCUGAAGGCUGGAAAGGGACGGGAACGGGCUCGCAAUGAGACGCGGGGACAGGUGCUGGCGAUCAAAACCACUUGGGCAGGCGCAACUCUGCCUGCGCGGCAAAUGAAUGUGUCCGCCCGAUGUUCGCCCAAUGCCGAUAGCGAUGCAUAACCAGCUAUGGAUAAUUUUCUUGUUUCUCAUUCUCGUUUAAGCGGCGUUUGAUAUGGAUUCAUAGCUUAUGAUGUGCGGGGUUUUAGCUCUCCCUGGUUUGGCGUUUUGUUUAGCGUAGUAGAUAGUGAUUAUUCCAUCAAGUCUUUAC